GCUUUCGUACCGCCCAACAGGUGGGAAGGAUACGUUUUGUUGGACAGCAAGGAGACAAACCCGAAGAUCAAACAUGUUGCGAGGUGCCAACCUGCAACGUGAUCCGUUGGAGCGACUGCCAUAGUGCCCCUACAAAAUUCCCUUACUGCCAAAGGAAUUGCAGGCUUUGGAUCCUUCAAACCGUUGUCUUAAGCCGCUAAAUGAUGUGUCGUCGGUUGAAGGGGGUUGAGCAGACAAGAAGGCUUCGCGGACUGGGCACGACUGUAUACAGAAUCAGAAUGCCUCCGGCGGAGAUUUGACUCUUGAGUGUGAUGGCAAGCCUGGCUAGCGGAGAGAAUUAACCUCUGCGUUCUCUAGAGUACGCCUUCUUGUGACUCCAGGCAGCACCGUCGUACUACGGAUAGAAUACGGACUCUUCUCCGAGGUCAUCAAAUCGGCGCUUGCCUCUUGCAAUUCCUUGUUGCAUUGGAGUCCCGACAACCUGGUUACUCAGUGGACACCCAGCAACUGCUAGCCCUAGAAACAUUAUUGAUGCUUCCGUUGUAAAGUGGCCAAUGUCAUGGGAGGAAUUGGAAAGCUUGGUUACAAUGUUGUAUCUGGAACUGGAAAGGUGGCUAUCAAUGUCAUAGUUGGAACUGCAAAGGUGGCCACUGAUGUGGUUGCGGUUGGGCCUGGAAAGCCUCUGUCUUUGGAUGAACCCAAAAAGACUGGAAUUACUACAGCUUUGAUUGCCAGCCACGAGGUGUUGCAGGAUCCCUCGGAUGUUGUAGUAGGUACUGGAAAGCUGGACAAACUACGGGACGACGCCAAAAUGGUGGUACUCGGUGAAGUGUCCAACGUAUUGGAAUACGACGUAUGCGACGAGGAAAUUGAUGGAUACGAAGCUGCAAGACCGUCCGAGCGCCCAGCAGACGUUUCCAUCGCGUCGAUCGUUCUCCCGUCGAACGUCCACCGAAGGGAACCGAAAGUGUGGCAUCUCGUCGUUGAUCCAGAUCCACGUCGUUUUUCUUGGCACUGUCUCUUGCUAUCUUGGAAUGAUUAUGUUUGGAGCUUGGCGUUGUCAACAAUCCGUUUGACGAUCCUCGUCGCCGUUCGCGAUGAUACUACUUUUGAAGCAAGGCAUGCACGCCAGAUGGUGGUUGUUGCAUUUUGCUCGUUGAUUCUGUUGUGUCAUGGCAUCUUGAUAGAUUCUCACCAACCAGCCAUUGAUUAG